UCUCCAUCCGCUCACUACUUUCCCUCGUCUCCAACUUUGGGGGUUCUUCCGUAUCUUCUUCUGGAGUAUCUGUCUUUUAUUGCUGACAUCUGUUGACUCCUCAGCUAUUCAAUUCCUCGCCUCCCCCUUCUCUCAUCUUUUUUCCUCUCCACCGUGUUUUUUUUUUUUCUUCCUUUCACUCCCAUAACUUCAACAAAGUCAACCACGUUGGAGGAAGUCUCUUGACACUGGUUCCUCAAACGCCUACUGCUCGAGCGUGUCUCGAGACUCAUGCAUCGCUAACUAGAUGCCACGAUGUCUGCCUUCUCAUGCCUCAGUCCGAUAGGUCCCAGAGCUCGUUUCACCUGCGAUCAACUCCCUCGCAGUCCGUGGAUACGCGCUUGUCCGUCAGUAACGAUUCGAUGUCGAACUCCGACACGCCCACUCGUCAUGCCUCCUUCCUGCGGAAAUUGGGACCCCGACGUGCUCGCCCCAGCGCCGCGUCGGUAGCUGACUUGUUUGUCAGUUCGCUCGUGAUAGCGGGUCACUGUCGCGAGCAUGCCCCUCGCACGAGGGGGUUGUCGACCAUGUCGUGGACGACACCACAUGACGCAGUGGGGAGAUUGAACGGCCGGGGGGUACACAAUACGAGGCAGUUGUCGUCCCCGGUGCGCUUGGAUUGUCGCAGGGCGACGGGAGAGUGUCUGCAGGUGCACCGGGCGAGGGCGCAGCGGAUGUUCAAUUCAGGGAUUGCACCCAAGGUCGAGGAUGAGACGGAGGGUGGUCGCGCUGUGGAGGGACCAUUAGGGGAUAAGGUGUGGUCCGAGCGACACGAUGCAUAUGCGCGGUCGAAACCAACACAGUGCGUGAAAGCAACGUCAUUACUAGAGGCGGCGCCUACGAUAGACACGGCCGGGUUUUAUAAUGGACCUGAGGCGGAAUCAACCACAAUGGAUACGGCGGUGGAGGAGGAUACACCAGGAACCCGGCCAAAUCUACUCGGGAGGCGGGAGGACUCUCGCUACGCGCGGAGAACGGAUGCCAAGGAGGAGUUGCGAGGCUCGACCUCCCAACUGUACAAGGCUAUAUUCGGAGACUCACUUGACUGGAAGCAAGCAGUCGACCGGGCCACCGACGACGCCAUGGCCAAAGUGAAAACGCGCCCGGCAUCCCCGGUCCGUCGGAGUAGGGAAGACGACUUUUGCGAACUCCAGUCGGUUGAGGAGCUGGUCGACGCCCUGUGGAGUGGAACGAAGUCGAACCAAUAUCUUUUUCGGCUGUACAGAGAACUCCCGCAACCUGGAGUCUCGUACCUUUCCAAGAAAUCCUGCGGCUUGCUUUUACGCCGAUUCGCCGAUCCCGGCAAGCGCCGGUUGGUGGACGCUCGCCGGUAUCUCGCCUUGAUAGAUGAUAUGAUCGUGGCCAAUCUCCCCCUCUCUCGGUCCCUAUGGACCUCCGCAAUCCAUCUCGCCGGGCGCACAUCCGGCAAAGUGUUCAAAGAAGAUCUGGUGCGGUCGAUCGGGCUUUGGCAACAGAUGGAACAUGUGCGUGGGAUACAAGCGGACAAUGUUGUGUUCAACGUCCUAUUCGAUAUUGCGAUCCGGUCCGGCCAAUACGUGGUUGCUGAGCGGAUAUUGCGCGAGAUGCAGAAGCGUGGGAUCGUCUUCCACCGCGCGGGCAAAGUCACAGAGAUCUUCUUCUAUGGGGCGGUGGGCGACGUCGAGGCGAUUCGCCGGAGUUUCGAUGAAUUCGUGGCGAGUGGGGAGAUUGUGGACACCGUGGUGAUGAAUUGCCUCUUGCGGGCCUUUCUCAAAGCCGGGGAUCAUGAGAGGGCGGAGCAGCUGUAUCAGAGCAUGGUCGCGGCGCAAAGGACCAUGAUCCUGGACGGUGAUCGAUGGAUCCAUGGCAAGGGGAGACUCACGGCGGAAUUCGCCCAGUAUCGAAAGCGGAACAAGGAGCUAAAUCGUCUCCUCCAACUGUCGGGCGCUCUCAAGGACCGGCUCCCCGAGCACCACCGAGCCCUUCAGAAUGCCUUUUCCAUGGUGCCUGACACGCGGACGUUCCACAUCCUGCUCUCCCACCAUGCCCACCACACCGGCGACAUACACGCCUUCAUGUCCGUCGUGCAGGACAUGGAAAAAACCUUUACCGUUCCGCCGCGCGGCAUGAUCUACACCAUGCUUUUUGAAGGGUUUGCGAUCAACGCGCGGAAGAGGAGGGGAUGGACCAGCGCACGGCUGCAGCAGUCUUGGGAAGUGUAUCUCCGCGCUAUCUACGAGUCGAAAGCCCGGUUCUACGACCGCGUCCACAACAGGAAUCUCGUCUGGGAAAGCCCCGUGAAAGACUGGAUGACUACAGCAACCGCUGGGAGCCAGGUUAUUUUACCCAAAGUCCCUAAAGGUCUCUACACCCCACUACCCACCGAACAGGACAUCCUCGUGGAAACCCGCCUAAGCGAGAUGACGGAAAAGCCCAGCGAGCCGGCGGAAGACGAGAGCCCUUCUAUCUCCGAAGAGAGCGAUCCGCCGGACGCCGAGAAGGCGGACCACAUCGACCACGAAGACAUGUUCGACCCACACGCACACAACCUCCAAGACGACCAGGAUCUCCUCGACGGACUAGAGCACCGCAUUGAGAACGGCGUGUUCCUCGGUCGCCGAAUGAUCGUCACGAUCCUGCGAGCGUUCGGCUCCUGCUGCGGACCACGUGAAGUGAUGGACGUGUGGCUGAAGAUCGAACAUCUCUGGCAGCCGCAACGCCGCAAGGCGAUUGACGUGAUGAAGGUGCGAGAGGAGUUAGACAAGCAAAUCAACAUGGGCCAGGAGAGGUAUUGAGCGAACCUCGAGCCGUGUAUUGUACUCUUUGAUUAUUUUUUGCCCUGUAUAUUCUCGACCUGUUUUUAUAUACCCUUGGAGGGGGAGGUUAUCUCUCCACGUUGCAAC